AUGGACAGCGUCAAAGUAUCAAAAGCUAAUACUCAUGGCGCUAAAGACAAUACACAAAAUGAAGUUAAAAGGGAAGAAGCCUCAGCUUCUCACGUUGACUCCACUGCGCCUCCCAACGCCGCUUCGCCUAAUUCUUUACCAACUCACACGCAGGUAACGGAUAAUUCUCUACACAUUCAAAACGUAGAGGCUCAAACACAGCAAGUUGCUGUUUCUGCUUCGAAUAAAGAUAAUUCUAUCUCCCCUUCAACUACUUCAAUUGUUCCUUCUCAACCGUCAAACGUUGCAACGGUUAGUUGGCCUUCCUCUGAUAGCAAACCAACAAUGUCAAAUUCUACUAUCUCCGAUUCUACACAAAAACAAGUUCUUUCAACCCCUCAAAAAGAGACAACUACUGAUCCGAAAGACUCUUCUCAACUAGGAUCAUUCAAUCAAUUUCCUGUUAAUCCAGAACAAACAACUCUUGGUCAACCUAAUAGUCCUAGUCCCGCAAAGGCAAAACCAUUCGUCUGCGGGACGUGUAAUCAAACAUUUAGUCGACAACAUAAUCUAAAGUCUCACGCUUUAACUCAUUCUCAAGAAAAACCUUUUCAAUGUGAAAAACCGUAUCAAUGCACUUAUUGUAAGAGAAGUUUUGCAAGAUUAGAUGCAUUGAAUAGACAUUUGCGCGCAGAAAGUUUUUGUGGUGGACCACAGAAAAAAUUAUAUCAAGGUUCUGACUCAAAGUCGGCAGAACAAGUACAACAACAGCCACCAGUUCAGCUUUCGCCACAACAAACUACGCCACAGCCACAACUACUGUCUUCAUCUCAGCCGCAAUCAAAGACAGCAUUACAAUCAGAUCCAAAAUCAAAUUCAUCGCCAGUAUCGCAAAAACAGGUACAACAACAGCAAUUCAAGCAGACUUCUGAGGAAUUACCGAACAAGCAGGUAUCGAAUCUAUCGACAACUUCUCAUUCAAAAAUUGACGUAUCGAGACAAACUCAAGAUUAUUACAAACGACAGCAAAUGAUGAAUCCGGAUUAUCAUUCAUGGCCUCCCCAACUAAAAAAUCAACAACCAUCAUCUAAUCAAUCUAAUGCAUUACAAGCAAAACCAAUUACCUCAAACAUCAUAAUGCCAAAUCAUCAAAUCAUAUUUCCAGUAGAAACACCCACGUCUAUACCUACCAACGGUGCUACACCUCAUUAUCAAUUACAAUACGCACAUAGUCCUUCUGAAUUUAAUGUACAAAUUUCAGAAACACGAAGGGCACCUGAAUCAUUGGUGCCAAGUGAACAGCAAGAUAUUGAUGGCCGCAUUAUUCAUCCCAAAUCGACAUCUCAAAGAGACAUGCAACAACUCCUUGAAAGAAAUAAAUACCUAGAGGAUCGUGUACGUGAAUUAGAAAAUGAAGUUAUUAAUGAACGUAAAUUACGUGAUCGAAGAGAAUAUUUGGAAAAAAAGGUCUCAGAGCUUGAGAUAGAGAAAAAUCUUCUUAAAUCUCUUUUAUUGGAACGUAAUGGAGCACCUGAGACCAAUCAUAUUCAUGAAAAGAAACGCAAGGCGACAUCACCAAUUGAGCCACCAAAUCCAUCGAAGCAUCAGAAGGAUGGAGACCGCAUUAUAAUUCCGCA